AUGGAGGUUGCAAUGGUAAGUGCCGAGAGCUCGGGCUGCAACAGUCACAUGCCCUAUGGAUAUGCCGCUCAGGCCCGGGCACGGGAGAGGGAGCGGCUAGCGCACUCCAGGGCUGCUGCGGCCGCUGCAGUUGCAGCUGCCACGGCAGCGGUGGAAGGCAGCGGGGGCUCAGGAGGAGGCAGCAGCUCGCACCACCACCACCAGGCCCGUGGGGCCUGCUCUUCACAUGACCCCCAGAGCAGCCGGAGCAGCAGAAGACGGCGGCGGCAGCAGCGGACGACAGAGAAGAAGAAGAUCCCUCACAGACAGGGCAGCUUCCCUCACUGCUCAGACCUCAUGCCUAGUGGCUCAGAAGAAAAAAUCCUGAGGGAGUUGAGUGAGGAAGAGGAGGAGGAAGAGGAGGAUGAGGAAGAGGAAGAAGAUGGGAGGUUUUAUUAUAGCGAAGAUGACCACGGGGAUGAAUGUUCUUACACGGACUUGCUGCCUCAAGAUGAUGGGGGUGGGGGUGGCUACAGUUCUGUCCGCUAUAGUGACUGCUGCGAGAGGGUGGUCAUCAAUGUAUCCGGCCUCCGCUUUGAGACCCAGAUGAAAACCCUUGCUCAGUUUCCAGAGACCCUACUGGGGGAUCCUGAGAAAAGGACUCAGUAUUUUGACCCUUUACGGAAUGAGUAUUUUUUUGACCGGAACCGGCCCAGUUUUGAUGCCAUCUUAUAUUAUUACCAGUCAGGGGGGCGUUUGAAGAGGCCAGUCAAUGUCCCUUUUGACAUCUUCACUGAGGAGGUGAAGUUCUACCAGCUCGGAGAGGAGGCCCUCCUCAAAUUUCGGGAAGAUGAAGGCUUUGUGAGGGAAGAAGAAGACAAGGCUUUGCCAGAAAAUGAGUUCAAGAAACAGAUCUGGCUGCUCUUCGAGUACCCGGAGAGCUCCAGCCCAGCGCGGGGCAUCGCCAUCGUCUCCGUCCUGGUCAUCUUGAUCUCCAUCGUCAUCUUUUGCCUGGAGACUCUGCCAGAGUUUCGGGAUGAGAAGGAGACUACCAUGGCCAUGAAUGCUGGCGGGCGGGGGCUGAUGCCCAAUGACACCAUGUCCUCUCACCUGGAGAACUCCGGACACACGAUCUUCAAUGACCCUUUUUUCAUAGUGGAGACAGUCUGCAUCAUCUGGUUCUCCUUCGAGUUUGUGGUCCGCUGCUUUGCCUGCCCGAGCCAAGCCCUCUUCUUCAAGAACAUCAUGAACAUCAUUGACAUUGUUUCCAUUUUGCCUUACUUCAUCACGCUGGGCACCGACCUGGCCCAGCAGCAAGGGGGUGGCAAUGGUCAGCAGCAGCAGGCCAUGUCCUUUGCCAUCCUGAGGAUCAUUCGCCUGGUCCGGGUUUUCCGGAUCUUCAAGCUUUCCAGACACUCCAAGGGCCUUCAGAUCCUGGGCCACACCCUCAGGGCCAGCAUGCGGGAACUGGGCCUUCUGAUCUUUUUCCUCUUCAUCGGGGUCAUCCUGUUCUCCAGUGCUGUGUACUUUGCCGAAGCAGAUGAGCCUACUACGCAUUUCCAAAGCAUCCCGGAUGCCUUUUGGUGGGCUGUGGUGACCAUGACAACUGUGGGCUAUGGGGACAUGAAGCCCAUCACGGUGGGGGGCAAGAUAGUGGGGUCCCUGUGUGCCAUUGCAGGUGUGUUAACCAUUGCUUUGCCCGUGCCAGUGAUUGUUUCCAACUUUAACUAUUUCUACCACAGAGAGACUGAGAAUGAGGAGCAGACGCAGCUGACCCAGAAUGCCGUCAGCUGCCCGUAUCUCCCCUCUAACUUGCUGAAGAAAUUCCGGAGCUCAACUUCUUCUUCUUUUGGGGACAAGUCUGAGUAUCUGGAGAUGGAAGAAGGAGUUAAGGAAUCUCUUUGUGCAAAAGAGGAAAAAUGUCAGGGGAAGGGGGACGACAGUGAAACGGAUAAAAAAAACUGCACCAAUGCCAAGACUGUGGAGACUGACGUGUGA